AUGUCCCAACAAGAUAACGUUAAGUCCGCCACUGAAGGUGUCGCUAACCUACACCUCGAUGAAACCACCGGGGAAAUGGUCUCCAAGUCUGAAUUGAAGAAGCGUAUCAAGCAAAGACAAGUUGAAGCCAAAAAGGCUGCCAAAAAGGCAACUGCCCAACCAAAACCAGCUUCUAAGAAAAAGACAGACUUAUUAGCCGAUCUGGAUCCAUCGCAAUAUUUCGAGACUAGAUCCCGUCAAAUCAAAGAAAUGAGAAAGACCCACGAACCAAAUCCAUACCCACACAAAUUCCACGUUUCCAUUUCUAAUCCUGAAUUUUUGGCCAAAUAUGCCCAUUUGAAAAAAGGUGAAACCUUACCUGAAGAAAAGGUGUCUAUCGCCGGUAGAGUCCAUGCUAAGAGAGAAUCCGGUUCCAAAUUGAAAUUUUACGUCCUUCAUGGUGACGGUGUUGAAGUCCAGGUAAUGUCGCAAUUGCAAGAUUACUGCGACGCAGCCUCUUACGAAAAGGACCAUGACCUUUUGAAAAGAGGUGAUAUCGUUGGUGUUGAAGGUUACGUCGGAAGAACCCAACCAAAGAAGGGAGGUGAAGGUGAAAUCUCUGUCUUUGUCAGCAGAGUCCAAUUGUUGACUCCAUGUUUGCACAUGUUGCCUGCCGACCAUUUCGGUUUCAAAGACCAAGAAACCAGAUACAGAAAGCGUUAUUUGGACUUGAUCAUGAACAAAGACGCCAGAAGUCGUUUCAUUACUCGUUCUGAAAUCAUUCGUUACAUUAGAAAGUUCUUGGACCAGAGGAAGUUUAUUGAAGUGGAAACUCCAAUGAUGAACGUCAUUGCUGGUGGUGCCACCGCUAAGCCAUUCGUCACUCACCACAAUGACCUGGAUAUGGACAUGUACAUGAGAAUUGCUCCAGAACUGUUUUUGAAACAAUUAGUUGUUGGUGGUUUGGACCGUGUUUAUGAAAUCGGUAGACAGUUCCGAAAUGAAGGUAUUGAUAUGACCCAUAACCCAGAAUUCACUACCUGUGAGUUUUAUCAAGCUUAUGCUGACGUUUACGAUUUGAUGGACAUGACUGAAUUGAUGAUUUCGGAAAUGGUGAAGGAAAUUAACGGUUCUUAUAUCAUCAAGUACCAUCCAGACCCAGCUGAUCCAGCUAAAGAACUCGAACUAAACUUUUCUAGACCAUGGAAAAGAAUCAACAUGAUUGAAGAAUUGGAAAAAGUAUUCGACGUCAAAUUCCCAGCCGGUGAUCAAUUGCAUACCGCUGAAACUGGUGAAUUUUUGAAAAAGGUCCUUUCCGAUAAUAAAUUGGACUGUGCACCUCCACUAACCAAUGCUCGUAUGUUGGACAAGCUUGUUGGUGAAUUAGAAGACAUGUGUAUCAACCCAACUUUCAUCUUCGGUCACCCACAAAUGAUGUCUCCAUUAGCCAAAUACUCAAGAGAUCAACCAGGUCUAUGUGAACGUUUUGAAGUCUUUGUUGCUACAAAAGAGAUUUGUAACGCUUACACUGAACUGAAUGAUCCAUUUGACCAAAGAGCACGUUUCGAAGAACAAGCUAGACAAAAGGACCAAGGUGAUGACGAAGCUCAACUAGUCGACGAAACAUUCUGUGACGCUCUAGAAUACGGUUUACCACCAACCGGUGGUUGGGGUUGUGGUAUCGAUAGAUUGGCCAUGUUCUUGACCGACUCCAACACAAUUAGAGAAGUCUUGUUGUUCCCAACUUUGAAACCUGAUGUAUUAAGAGACGAAGUUAAGAAGGAAGAAGAAAAAUAA